AUGGAUGAAAAUAUAGUUCUUCCUAAUUUUGACAUACAUAUGUCGGAUCUAUUCAGUUCGGAUGAAGAUAAUAAUGAGAAAAAUGAUCAGAAUAGAAACUAUGGUGAUCAUUUAAUGGAAACUACUCAAUAUUCCACACCAACAGCACAGGAACAACAUACUGAAGAAACAACAAGUCGUUUGGUAGCUACUACCAUGGAACUAUCACGACUCAAAAAAUCAUUGACACCAAGAGAGUCAUCGGCAAGACGACACCGACAAACAGCAUCAACAGCAACAACACACAUCGAAAUUAUUGAUAUAGUAACACCAAUCAAAACACCGAUUGGUCUUUAUCAACCGAAUUAUAUACCGCGUACACUUCAUUUUUAUAAUCGACAUCGUCUCUCAAUUUUACCAACAUUUCCAAAUAGAGAUAAUAAUGAUGCAGAUAAUCCAUUGAAUUUAUUAUUAGCCAAUGUGUCUCCAAUUCAAUUAUCACGUACAGAAUUAGGACGUCGUCAGCCAGGUGAAUAUAAAUGCAUAUUUACUAUGACAGAUCCAAGUUCGUCAACAUCAUCAUUGAUGUACAACCAUUAUAAGAAUUACUUUUUAACAAUCUUCGAUCGUUUUCAUGUCGAUAUGUCUAUAUUAGAUCAUAAUUAUGCUCGUUUACAAUAUUUUCUUGAAUUAUUUCGUAAACGUCGUGCUCAAAUACUUCUUGCUAAUAAACGUUUGGAAGGUACUUUUUAUUUACAUGAUCAUGAAUUACCACAAUUAUUAGAAUUUUAUUUACAAAUGGAUGUCGAUCUUUUCUAUAUGAAAACUUGUUCAUUUCGCAAUGUACAACCAAGAUCAAAUACAGAAGGUAUAUUUUGUGAAAAAAUACCUGAAUGUCAUUAUAAAAUGACAGCUUGUGGACAAUGUAAUUUAUGUCAAACACCAAUUGAUUUGACUUAUCAUCAAACAACACCAGUGUUAUUUAAUCGUGCUGAAGCACAUCGUUUUGUCAAUGGUUAUGAAUCGAUAUUAAAUUGUCCAGUAACAUGUAAUACAAGAAAUAUUAUUUAUGUAUUAACUUGUUUAUGUGGUCAAUACGAUUAUAUUAGUGAGACACUCUACACAUUACCAAAACGUUUAGAAAAUCAUUAUCAGAUAGCCAAUUUUGUUAUUUGUAAAUUAUUACUUGGCGAUAAGAAUACGAAACGUCUUCCAAUCUAUAAAGAUUAUGGCUUUACAUCGAAUAAAGAAAAUAUGCUCUUAUAUCAACAUCCAAAACAAUGUUCAGCUACGAUACAAGCUUUUCUAGAUGCCAAUCCACAUUUUUGGCCAUUCAUUCCAAUGAAAAACGAUGAAGCUGAUGCUGAUAAUGUUCACUAUGAAAGAAUGCGUUUAACAACCACAACAAUAUCACAUCGUUAUCAGGAUGAAAAUAUACAAAAACAUCUUAAUGAUUUGCCAAAACCACCUGAAGGCUAUCGAUUUUCAAAACGUCAAGUUGAAAAGCAAAUUCAUUUCUUUCGAAAGAACUUUCAUGGUACACAACUCUAUGAAAAAGUACCUCUUUAUAGUGCAACAAUUAUUGCAGUUUUACCACCCAAUACAUCAACUCUAUUUCGUCAAAUUAUUCACUCGUUAUUUGUGACACAUACUGAAGCUAAAUUGAAUACAUUAGGUCAUAUUUUUGAUUUGAAUAUGACUACGAAUGUUAGACAAGAUGUUUGGUGUGCAAAUUUAAUACGUCGAUCAGUUUAA